GAGAUAAUAGUCAAGAUGGACAAAAAGUCCUUUGAAACGGUGCUGGAUGAAAUCAGAAAGGCUGUUUUGACAGAAUACAAAUUAAAAGCAAUUGAAUAUGUGCAUGGAUACUUCUCUAGUGAACAGGUGGUUGAUUUACUGAGAUAUUUUUCCUGGGCUGAGCCUCAAUUGAAGGCAAUGAAAGCAUUACAGCAUAAAAUGGUGGCAGUGCACCCAGCAGAAGUGGUCAACAUACUCAACUGUUUCACCUUCAGUAAAGACAAAUUAGUUGCUCUUGAACUGUUAGCUUCAAACAUUGUUGAUGCACAGAAUUCUCGUCCUAUUGAAGAUUUAUUCAGGAUAAAUAUGUCUGAGAAGAAACGAUGCAAGAGAGUACUUGAACAGGCUUUCAAGGGGGGCUGCAAAGCUCCUCAUGCUAUGAUAUCUUCUUGUGGAACAAUCCCAGGAAAUCCAUAUCCCAAAGGAAAACCCAGUCGCAUAAAUGGAAUAUUCCCAGGAACCCCUUUGAAAAGAGAUGGUGAAGAAUGUACCAGUGAAGGCAAAGGAAUAGCUGCGCGGAUUCUGGGACCAUCCAAACCACCUCCUUCAACAUAUAAUCCACAUAAACCUGUUCCUUAUCCAAUACCUCCGUGCCGACCACAUGCAACUAUUGCUCCAAGUGCUUAUAACAAUGCAGGUCUGGUACCGUUAGCCAGUAUCAUAGCUCCAGGCGUGCCCCCUCCACCUCCAUAUACUCCUAAUCCCACAGGACCAGAGAAUGAAGACCUGUCCAAUCAGUCAAAAGCUGCACAGAGUCAAACAUUUUCCACCCCAGCAAGUCAGCUGUUCUCUCCUCAUGGUUCUAAUCCUUCAACAUCUGCUGCCACUCCUGUCCCUACUGCAUCCCCGGUCAAGGCAGUAAAUCACCCAUCAGCAUCAGCAGCUGCCACCAUUUCUGGAAUUAACCUGCCACAUACUGUCCUUCCUGUGUUCCCAGGGCAGGUCUCCUCAGCCGUUCAUACACCUCAGCCGCCAGCACCAAACCCAACAGUUAUCAGAACCCCUUCGUUGCCUGCUGCACCUGUUACUUCCAUCCACAAUACAACAUCCGCUCUUGUUCCUUCUAUCUUUUCUGGCCUAGUGCCCCUGCCAGGUCCUCCUGCUACUCCUGCCCCAGGCCCUCAGGCCACAUCUGCACCUCGGGCCACUCUUACUUCUAGUGAAACAUUUGCUUCUACUUCUGCUCCUUUCGCAAGCCUCCCCUUUCCCGCCACCUCUACCGCUGCUUCUACCAACAGCCAAAAUUCUGCUUCAUUGUCAUCAGGUUUUGCAGGUCUUCCUUUGCCCUUGCCACCAACAUCCCAAGGCGUAGCCAAUCUGACUCCUUCUGUAAUUGCCAGUGGUUCUGCUGCCAACGUUGCUGGUCCACUUGGCGUAAACAGUCCUCUCUUGUCUGCUUUAAAAGGCUUUCUGACGUCAAAUGACACCAAUUUAAUGAACUCCUCUGCUUUAUCUUCUGCUGUUCCUAGUGGGCUGGCUUCAUUAUCUUCUCUAACUAAUCAAAACUCUGAUUCUCCUGCUUCAGCCCCUAACAAGUGCUAUGCCCCGUCGGCCAUUCCCCCCCCACAGAGGUCUUCCACUCCAGGCUUGGCCGUGUUCCCAGGCCUUCCAUCUCCUGUGACUAACUCAACUUCCGCCCCGCCUGCCUUGCCUGCGCAGCCUCCUUUAGCCACUCCUACGUCGUCGGCGACGUCAGUGCCAGUGAGCUGCGGCUCCUCGGCUGCCCAUUUGCAUGGCGCCCACCCAGGUACCUCAGACCUGCAUAUUUCAGCUACCCCUGCUGUAACGACUCUGCCCGUGAUGAUCAAAACUGAGCCCACGAGUCCUACUCCCUCGGCCUUCAAAGGCCCAUCUCAUUCCGUGACUCCCUCCCAUGGCAGUUUAGGUUUGUCGGGGACACUGGGUUGUGCCUAUACUUCAACAUCGGUGCCCAUCAGUUUAUCUACUUGCCUUAAUCCUGCAUUGUCAGGUCUCUCCAGUUUGAGUACUCCCUUAAAUGGUUCAAAUCCCCUUUCCUCUAUUUCCCUCCCUCCACACGCUUCCUCCGCUCCCAUUGCUCCAGUAUUCACUGCUCUUCCUCCUUUUACUUCUUUGACCAAUAAUUUUCCUUUAACUGCCAACCCGUCUCUUAAUCCGCCAGUAUCUCUUCCAGGGUCAUUAAUAGCCACUUCAUCAACCACCGCCACCUCCGCAUCUGUCUCUCAUCCCAGCUCCACGGCAGCUGUUCCCUCAGGGCUCUCUGCCUCGGCCCCAGUCUCUGCAGCACCCUUCCCCCUCAACUUGUCCCCUGCUGUGCCCUCACUUUUCUCAGUUACCCAAGGACCUCUGCCGUCUUCAAAUCCCUCCUACCCUGGCUUUUCCGUCUCCAACACCCCAAGCGUUACCCCUGCCCUCCCUUCGUUCCCGGGGCUGCAGGCGCCCACUACGGUCCCAGCUGUCACACCACUGCCUGUGGCUGCCACAGCCCCAUCCCCGGCCCCUGUCCUCCCGGGAUUCGCCUCAGCAUUCAGUUCUAAUUUCAACUCUGCUCUCGUCGCACAAGCUGGGUUAUCUUCUGGACUUCAAGCUGCAGGCAGUUCUGUUUUUCCAGGUCUUUUGUCCCUCCCAGCUAUCCCUGGGUUUUCCCAGAACCCUUCGCAGUCAUCCUUGCAGGAGUUACAGCAUAACGCAGCUACACAGUCAGCACUGUUACAGCAGGUCCAUUCAGCUUCAGCCCUGGAAAGCUAUCCAGCUCAGCCCGAUGGGUUUCCUAGUUAUCCUUCAGCACCAGGAACACCAUUUUCUUUGCAACCAGGCCUGUCCCAAAGCGGGUGGCAGUGAAUCUAUUUUAACCUUUAUUCUCCUUCAGAGCAACAUCAGAAUUGCCUAAGGACUCCAGGGAACAAUCUGACAAAUGUGCAGUUGGCCAAAAGUCAGAAGAUGAGAGUAAGGAUAAUCCUGGGGACAUUGUGACAAGAGUUUGAAAAUCAUGGUUGCAUUUUUUAAAUGGUUUUAAGUCUGAACACUCCCCCGUGUAAAUAUGCUGACAAUAAAUUGUAUGGAGAAUAGUAUUU